AUGAACUUCUUUAGGUCCCAAACAAUGGGCUAUUACAAAUUGAUUAUCCCAAGAGAAAGUGCCUGGAAUGUCAUGAAUGAAUUGGCAGAGUUAGAUUGCAUUCAUUUUGUUGAUUAUGACCCAACAUUACCUAUGAUCAAUAGGCCAUUUGCUAAUUACAUCAAGAGAUGCGAUGACUUGCUAGUUAAAUUAUCCCUCAUCGAGCAUGAAAUGAAGAAAUAUCAAAAGAAGAUUACUUACUGCAAGGAUGUCAAUUUUUUGAUCAAAAACUUCAAGCAAUUGAUCAAGGAAAGGUCUAAAGCCAGUCACACCUAUUUGGAUGAGAUUGAAAAUGAUAUCGACAAGAAACAUCAGCAACUAAUUGAAUAGAGUACUAACAUGGAAAAUCUUCAUGAACGCAGAAACAAACUGAUUGAACACAAAUCAGUCUUACUAAAGGGAGAAGCAUUAUUAGGACAAUCAUUCUUCUAACCUGCUAAUUAUGUAGCCGAAGGAUAUGUCAAUUUGCAAGGGAAAGAAUUAGAUGACAUCAAAAUCUUAUAAGGAUCUGUUAAAUUUAAUUAUUUGGUUGGUGUCAUCAACAAGGAAGACCAAAUCAGAUUCAAGAGAAUCAUAUUUCGUAUUACCAAAGGUAAUGCUUGGAUGAAUACCAUGGAUAUUGAAAGUGAUUAAAUCGUUGACACUAAAAAUGAUGACGCAAAAAUUAUUAAAAGUGUCUUUGUAGUAGUCUAUCCAGGAGGAGGAGGUUCCAAUGUUAUCACAAACAAACUCAAUAAAAUCUGUGAAUCCUUUUAGGUUGCUAAAUACACAUUCCCUGAAAAUAAUAUGGUUUUCCAAGAGAAAUUAAGAUAAAUUGAAACAGAGUUAGUCGAGACUAGAAAUGUACAUAUUCUCAUAUACAUUUUAUAGUUGAAGCCUACCUUGAUGAUUUCUAAAGAAUUUAUUAAAACUCCAAUUGUUCAUAAAUUAGAAGAAUUAAAAUUAUUUUUGGUUAAGGAGAAAUAUCUUUAUACGCAAUUGAAUUACCUGAGAGUUCAAGGAAGUGUACUCUAUGGAUCAAUUUGGUUACCUCAAGGAGCAGAUAUCAAAGUUGAUUAAGCAUUAAGAGAAGUUCAAACCAAUUAUGAGGGUUUGCCAACAGGACAAUUAUAAAUAUCACCACCUGAAGGUACAAGGCCGCCUCCAACAUAUUUUGAAACCAAUGAAAUUACUUGGGGAUUCUAAGAAAUAGUUAAUACUUAUGGUAUGCCAAGAUAUAAGGAAAUCAAUCCAGGAUUAUUCACAGUCAUGACUUUCCCAUUUUUGUUUGGUGUUAUGUUUGCUGAUAUUGGACAUGGAUUUUGUCUAUUAUUAUUAGGAAUAUAUUUAUGUGUCUAUAAUAAAGAAAUCAAGGAAUCAGAUUCUUUAAUGAAGCAUGCUCUAAUUGUCAGACAUAUGGUAUUAAUGAUGGGUUUCUGGGCAUUUUACAAUGGAUGGAUAUAUAAUGAUUUCAUGUCUGUUCCUAUCAACUUAUUUGGAUCAUGUUAUGAACCAGGUACAGUUGAUGAUCCAAUCCACAAAGAUGAAUAAGUAUGGGUUUAAAAAGAUGAAUCCUGUGUAUAUCCAUUUGGUAUAGAUCCAGUCUGGAUGUGUGUACCUAAUGAAUUAACAUUCAUGAAUUCAUACAAGAUGAAAUUGGCAGUUAUUAUUGGUGUCAUUCAUAUGACAUUCGGUAUUAUAUUGAAGGGAAUCAAUGCAAUAUACUUCAAGAAUUGGAUAGACUUUAUUUUUGAGUUCAUUCCUCAAAUAAUAUUCUUCACUUGCACUUUCGGUUGGAUGGACUUUUUAAUUAUUUAUAAAUGGUUUGUGAAUUGGACAGGAAAAACUGAUUAAGCCCCAAGUGUUAUUACUUUGAUGAUUAAUAUGAUUCUUGCUCCUGCUAAAACAGUUGAUCCACCUUUAUGGGGAGAUGGUUAAUCAGAAGCCUCAACUUAAACUGCAAUGUUAUUGAUUGCACUAUUUUGUAUUCCAAUUAUCCUACUUCCAAAACCACUCAUACUUAAUUCUCAAAAUAAAAAACAUCAGGCUCAAGGUCCAAACGGUCUGGCAGAUGAGAAAAAAGAACUUUACUAAAAAAUCAAUGAAGAUUCUGAAGGCACUCAAGAGAAUUCAGAAAUUCAUACUGAAUAAUCUGGUGGUGGUGGACAUCACGAAGAAUUUGGUGAUAUAUUUGUACAUCAAGUAAUUGAAACUAUUGAGUUUGUGUUGGGAUCCAUUUCAAAUACAGCUUCUUAUUUAAGAUUGUGGGCUUUAUCUUUGGCUCACGGAUAAUUAGCAGAAGUGUUCUUCUAAAUGUGUUUGAAUGGAGGGUAUUCUUAUGCUAUUAAUUUCUAGCUCUUAAUUGGUUAUACCAUUUUCUCUAUGGCUACUUUCGGAGUUUUGAUGAUGAUGGAUGUGAUGGAAUGUUUUCUUCAUGCCUUGCGUCUUCAUUGGGUUGAAUUUCAGAACAAAUUCUUUAAAGCCGAUGGAUAUGCUUUUGAAAAAUGUUCAUAUGCUAAAGUAAUGUAAGACAAUGCAGUUCCAAAGGAGGAAUGAUAUAUAAUAGAUUUACAUAUAUCAUACAACAGUAUUAUAUUAUAAUUUGUA